AUGGAUGUACUUGGUGAUUCCAUUCUAGUACUCAAACAGGUUCGGGGUGACUGGAAGACCAGAGAUGCAAAGCUAAAGCCAUACCACGCCUACCUAGAGUUAUUGAUUGAAAAAAUUGAGGAGUUGAAAUACAUUCAUCUCCUUAGAGCACAGAAUCAGUUUGUUGAUGCUUUAACUACCCUAGCUUCUAUAGUUGACAUUCCAACUAAUGUGAUAGUUCAUCCCUUGCUGAUUGAUACUAGAUUUGGGCCCGCUUAUGGUCACUUGAUUGAUGAGACAAAGGUCCAGGAUGACCUACCAUGGUUUGAUGACAUUCAUCAGUUUCUCAUAUCUAGCACAUACCCUAAGGCUACGAUAGCCAAGGAUCGGAGAGAAUUGAGGCAAUUAGCCACUAGAUUUGUGAUAUGUGGAGAGACUUUAUGCAAACGAUCGAUCGAUGACAGAUUAUUGCCAGUUUGUUCAGAGAUUCCCAAAGUGUCAGAUGCAUAG